AUGGAAUAUACGUUCAAAUUUUAUAAGCAUAAACAUUUAAUGCUAUUAAAAGAUAAAUGGGGAGAUGAAAUAAGUAAGCAUUUAUUAUAUUCCUUAAAUGACAUUGAUACUAGGAUAGAAACAAGACAAGAUAAUGAAAAUAAAGAAUCUAAUUUAAAUUUAGUAGAAAAUAAGGAAAAAUUGAAUACCCCUUUUUAUGAAUUAAAUUAUUCUAAUAUAUUUAGCAUGAUUCAAUAUUCGUCAAUAUGUAUAAGUAUUUUUGUAAAUGAAAAUGAAAACGAAACAAAGGAUAAUAUUGUUGGAAUAAUCUCAAUAGACUAUGAUUUGUUACCAAAUUUUGAAGAUGUAGAAAAUGAGUCUUAUUGUGCAGAUACUAAAAUUGAGAAUAAUAAUUAUUUUUCUAAUAAAUUAGAUUUAGAUGAUUUAUAUUAUUCUUUAUCGUUGUAUAUAAAAAAAUACAAUAUUGUGUCUAAUUUAAAUACUAAUAAUACAUUAAUUAUAAAUUUGAUAAUAACAGAUAAUACAAAUUAUUAUUAUGAUUUAUUUUUUUAUUUAUUUAAUGAAUUUGAAGAUAUUGCUUUUAUUUUAAUUUUUUUGAAAAAUGAAAAUAAUAUUGAAAAAAUGGAUAUAUUAGAAAAGGGAAUAUUAAUUGAUUUGGAUAGUUUAACCUAUGAUAAUUUAAAAACCAGAUCAAACUCAAAUUUAAAAUAUAAUAAAAUUUUCAUAAUAAAUAAAAAUAUGUUUGUUAAUAAAAUAUAUAUUCGUUCAACCACUAGCUCAGAUAUAUAUGAUUUGCAUGAACUUUUCAAAAAAUAUAUUUAUUAUCCUGAACAUAAAUCUAACAAUUAUUUAGUAUAUGAUAUAAUUGAAAACAAAACAGAAAAUGAUAUAUUAAUUAGUAUCUUAAAUAGUAGAGAAAAAAUUAUCGGAUUUGUUUGGUUAAAAAAAAAUAUAGAUGUUAAUAUUCUUGUUAAUUUAUAUAAUUUGAAAAAAUACAACUAUCUAAUUAAGAAAGAUUUAUAUUCUUCGAUAUCCAGCCAACUAGUCCCUUAUAAAGGUGGAGAUAAAGUUUUAAACAAAAUGAAAAAAAAAUAUUUAUUUGUGGAGUUCAAACAACAUAUAUUAAAAAGCAUAAAAAUAGAAUCUAUUGACGAUUUAGAAAAAAAAUAUGAAAUUGACAAUAAAAUUAUAUAUGAUUAUUUAAAUGAUCAUUUAAUCAAAGAUGUAGAUCAAUAUUUCGAAUAUUUUAAAAAUAAAAAUUUAAAUAUAAGUAAUACUAUAAAAAAUAUAUAUAACAAAAUGCAGUAUGAUUACGAGAAUUUAAAGAGCAAUGGGGAAGGAAACUCUAUCAAUUUUUUUCAGCUAAACAAACUAAUAAACUUGUAUGCCCAUAUAAGUUUUUCUGAUAUUUCUAAAGUGAGCAAAACGUUUUAUGAUAAUUUUGAAAAGAUAGAGAUACUAUAUUUCAAUUUUAACAAUGAUAAGACAUAUAAAAAAAUAUAUGAAAAUAUAAAAAAGAAAAAAGAGGGAAUAAUUGGGGAUGUCUUACCUGAGAAUAAUACAAAAAAAAUGAAUAUUAUAAAGUUAAACUAUGAUAGUAGCGUUAAAAAAACAGAAAAAGAAUUCAAAAAAGUUGUAAAUUUAUCUUAUUAUGAUAUAUUUCUUUUAUUACAAAAUAUUUAUCCCGAUGUAUUCAAAACGAAUGAAAUAAUAUUGUUAUUUUUAUUUUUGGAUUUGUAUGAAAUAAUUUUAGUUACUGAAUCGACAAUAUUUGAUUGUGUUUCUUUCAAGACAUAUUUAGACGAAUUGAUAAAUAUAAACAAAAAUUAUUUUAUAUACAAAUAUAAGCAUAUAGACUGGCUAUCUAAUUUAUGUGAUAAUGAUAAAAAUGCAUAUUCCCUAAAUUUGUUUGUUUUAAAUGAUAAGUAUUACAGCAAUUCAAAAGAGAUUUUGCUAAAAAUAGAAAAAAUAUGUUUCGAAGAAGUAGAUUAUAUAAUUGCUACAAAUAAUGAACGAGGGUAUAUCCCUUUUAUCUUGAAUUAUUUUAAUAUGAUAAAAAAGAAAAAAAAAGCAAAUACUUUAGAGUCGUUAUACAUAUUAAAUAAGUAUACUUUGUUUUUGGCACCUUCAACUGAUUAUAUGAAAGUAAGUGAAAUAGAGGAUGUUCAGAAUUUUCUUAAGAAUUGUAAUUUUGAUAAAAAAAAUGAAAUAAUUCAUACAAUUUUAUCUCUAAAAAAAUAUUGUAAAAAUAAACUGGAUACAGAGAAAACUAUUUAUUCAUCCGAUUCCCAUAUUUGGGAGCUAAAUUUUUACCAAGCACACAACUAUUACAUAUUUGUGAGUAAAUCUGGAAAUAGUAUAAUCAAUGUGACAUCAGGACGUAUAUUGAAUAAUCUGGAUUUUUAUUAUAAGGAUAAAGUUUAUGAUUUUAAAAAUAUUAUAGUUCAAAAUGAAAACAAGAAUACAAAACAUUUCCUAAUGUCUUUUUUUUCAUCAAUUAUAAUUUUCAAAUAUUAUGAUAAACAUAUUAUUCACAACAUUUUACGAUUAAUAAAGGCAUGUUCAUGCCAUGUUGAAAUUAGUGACAACCAAUUUAGAGACGUAUAUAAACAUUUUAAGAUAUUGAGAAAAAAAGAUAAUAAAAUAAAUAUAAUUAAAAAAAAAAAUAUUUGUGAUAAUAAAAAAUGUAUGGAAAUAUAUGGAGAAGAAAAAAAAAAAAAAAAAUACUUAAUUAUAACAAAACAAAUGUGUUCAAAAAAAAGUGUAAAUGUAGACAAUAAUUUAGUUUUUUGGGGGGUGAAUGAUGUAUGCUUAUAUACAUUAUAUAAAAUUCUUAAAAAUAAUGAAUAUAUUUUUAACAACAUUAUUUUAAUAAUUAGAUAUAAAAAUAAAUAUUUAUGUAAAAAUGUAAUUGAUAAAUAUAAUAACAUAACAAAUAUAAGUCUUGAUAGAUUAACUAUUUAUAAUAAAUUAAAAAAUAUUAUGGUUAAUGAUCGAAUAAAAAUAAUAUAUGACAAUGUUUAUAGCAUAGAUCGAGAAAAUAAAAAACUUGAAUUAUCUCAAAAAAAAUGGAUACAUUAUGAUUAUUUAUUUUUAUGUUUUGACAAGGAGGAUAUAACAACUUAUUCCUUUGAUAUAGAUAGUUAUCAAAUAGGGAAGAAAAAAAACUUUAAUUUUUUAGAACAAUCUCAUCGCUUGGUUGAUGAAAAUGGAAAACUCGAUUUUUUGGUUAAAGCCAAGGAUUAUGAGAAAUAUGAAAAUUGUGAAAAAGGUGAGCAUUUAAACAAAAGUAAAGAUGGACAAAUAGAAAUAAACAAAACUGUGAAAAAAUAUAGAAAAAAACAAAAUGAAAAAGGAUAUGAAAGUUGUAGAGGCAAUGAUAAUGAAUUGGAAAAAGAAAAAGAAAAAUAUGCAACCUCUGAAAGCUCGGAUAUAUAUGAUGAAAACAUAGAACAAAAAAAUAAAAUAUUUCAGAUUAAUGAAAACAGUGAAAUUGGUAAAACUCAAAAAUUAAAAAAUUUUGAUAAAGGGGAUAACUCUGAAAUAACAAUAAAAAAUUCCAAUAUACAUAAAAAUGAAAAGGAUUAUUCUACACAUUAUUACACAAACUAUUCGACCCUAUCAUCAAGUUGUUUCGAUACUAGUGAGGAGAGUAGUAGUUGUGUUAAAGAUAUAUCAAAUAAUGGAAAACAAACAAAAAAAUUGGAAGAAGAUAGUGAAAUAAAUAAAGAAAAAAAAUAUAAAAAAAAUAAACGAUCAAUUAAUGGUGUAUUUAGUAUUAGUGAUCCAAUGAUUGAAAAAUAUUUUGAUGAAAAAAGUGAAUAUAUGAAAAUAGUAAAAAAUUGUGUUAAUUAUAUUGUUAUAUAUAGUAAUAAUUUGGAUAUUUUAAGCAUUAUUAAUUUUUUUUUAAAAAAUAAAAUAAAGACAUAUAAGUUAAUUAUUAUUUGCCCAUAUAAUUGUAAUAAAUGUUAUAGAGAGCAUAUGAAAGGAAUGAAAAAAGAGAAUGAAGAAAAAGACAAUGAUAAAAAUGAAGUAGAAUAUAUAAAAGAUUAUAUUUUCAAAGAACGAGGAUAUUAUAAAAAUAAAGAAGAUUUAAAAAAUAAUUAUUUAUUUUUAAAUAAUACAAAUCCUAGUAACAAUUAUUAUCAUAAAAAUUGUGUAUUAAAAAAUAUAAAACAUGCAUUAAAUAAAAUAUUUUUUUUAUUUCAUCUUUUAAAAAUCCGAAUAAUUUAUGGAAAAAUUAUUGCAAUUAAAAAAAAUAAAGAUAAUAAACUAAAAAAUAUUAUUGUCCAUUAUUGUAAACAUAAAAAAACAGAUCAAUCAUUUAUUAAUUCAAAAAAUAACUUUUUAAAAAAUAUGAUUAUAUUACCAUGUCAAAUACUUUUAUCUUCACAUAAUUUUGAUAUGAAUAAUCAUGUUAAUUAUAUUCUUAGAAAAUCAUCGAUAGUUUACAAUAAAAAAAUAUGUCUUAAUCAUAAUUUUCAGACAAAUGACAAAUUUAUAUUCAGUGGGGGAGAUCUUUGCGCAUUUUCGAACAAAUACCGGAUUAACAAAAACAGGGAAUUAAAUCAUGAAUACUACAAUAGUGUUGAAAUAGGAAAAUUGGCAAGCAAACAGAUUUUAAAAAUAGUUUUAGAUAAAUGUAGAAUACCUUAUAAUGUACUUAAAUUGAAAAAAAAAAAAAAAAAAAUAGAGAAAUGUGAAAAAUUGAACAUAAAUAGAAUAAAAGGGAGUGAAGAAAUGAAAGAAAAAAAAAUAUUUGAGACGGAUAAAAAAUCAAUAGAAAAAAUACAAAAUAUAGAAAACAAAUGUGAUGAUAUUUUUUAUCAUUAUAAAAAAUUAAAAGUUUUUGAAAAACCGUUUGUUUAUUUUAACAAGCUUCCUUGUGAUUUUUAUUUUUAUUACUUUCAAGCUUCAAAUGGUGACUUAUGUAAAUACAAUGAUUUGUUAGCACCCCAAAGUGGAGAAGAAAAUAUCAAACCAAAUAUUAAUGACAAAAAUGAUAAUUCUGGAAAAUUUAAAAAAAUAUAUAAUAAUGCAUUUUGUACUGAUACCUUAAAAAUCACCAUAAAAAAUCAACUAGAAUUAAAUGAAAAAUUUAAUGUAAAAUAUUUUGAUAUAUCAAAAAAUAUACAUGCUCAAGGUUAUUAUUGUCGAAUCACAACAAAUUCGCUAAACAUGAUAAAUUCGUUUACUUAUUUGGGACGAGAAAAAUUAAACUUUUAUAAUUUGAGUAGUCUUUGUAAUUUGUCUAUAAAUUAUUUUUAUACUAUUGUUAAAAAAAUAAAAAAUUGUAAUUCUCUCAAUUAUGAUAUACUUAGCAUGAUGAAUGAAGAGAGGGAGCAAUUUAUUUUUUAUUACAAAUUUCAAAAAUAUAAAAAUAAAUUAAAAGAAAAAAUAAUUAAUACACCACAUAUGAAAGAAUCCAUACAACUUUUGAUCAAGGAUAUACAUGACAAAGAUUUAUUGAAAAAUUAUUUAGAAGACAAAAUUUUAAAUGUAGAAGAUAAUGAUGUGUGUAAAAAUAUUAAGAAAAAUGUUCAAAUACAUUUAAUGGAAUCUAUAAAAAAAAAUAGGGAUUUGCUAAAUGGCUAUUACAUGCCUACAUGUAACUAUUGA